GUAUGUGUUUAUUUAUUAUUGAAACACCACAUUGUUUGGAGGCAAUCACCCAGUUGGUUCAUUAUUUCUAUUAACUAAUGUCGCAUAUUUAAAGAGCCAGAAACACAUGACGCUCGCUACGACGACGACGUUUAAACGUGAGGUCACCACGGCAACCACAUUUAAACGUCCAACUGUGUCUUCAUGAAGACAGCUGAACAGACGCUGGAUUCUCUCUCUCUGAGAUGGCUGUCUGGUGUCCCGUACCCUUCCUCCUCCUCCUCCUUCUCUUGCUCCUCCCCGUCCCCUCUCGACCUAUCCCCCUCCCCGAGGCCUCUCUGGCCGACCUGGAGCUGGUGGGGUCGGAGGUAAUCACGGACAGCUCAGACUGCAGCGCCCCCUGUGGGGUGGGUCUGAGAACGCAGACCCUGUGUCUGAGGGGCGAGGAGAGAACUGUACCUGAAGGAGAAGACAAGGCGUGUCGUGUGCGCAGGGUGCCGUGCGUGGACGACUGGAGGUGCGGCCUGGAGACCCUCACCGUCCAGGAGGGAGCCCGCCUGGAGAUCAACUGUCUGGGGGACGUGAUGCAGGCCAUGGGGCCCUUCUCCUGGAGGGUGUCAUGGCGAUUCGCCCGCGGUGUCAUCACCUCUGACGACCGCCUGUUCUCCCGCCUGGAGGUCCCGGGGCUGGACCGCGUGGUCCUAGAGCCCGCCUCCGAGCACCACGCAGGUACGUACCGCUGUGACGUGCAGGACUGGGCCCACCGCCGGGGGAAGCGGGCAUACUGGGGGGUGAGGGUCCUACCCCAGGGGGUGGUGGACCUGGACUACCCCGGUUCCCCGGCCCCCGGGCCCCAGAACCCAGACCGGAUCCAACUGUUCCUCACCUGCACUGUGCCCUACAUGGUGCUGGUGGGUCUGGGGGUGUCCACCGGUCUGGCAGGUCUGACCGUGAUGGGGCUCUACCGGGUCCUGGUCCGGGGUGGGGGGAUUAGCGGGAGCCAGGAGAACCAGGAGAUGGAGCCGCGGAGAGACAGAAAGACCCGGAGGUCUGACUUUGAGCGUUCCGGUGCUUGUCUGUCUGAGGUCGAAUCAUAACCGGACUGAGUCUGAUUAAACAAACUGAAAUACG